ACAGCGGCCAACUUCACCCGCUCUAGAACUUUCCAUCACGAAAUGGUGCCGGAUCCCGUUUCCCUUUUCUCCCCUCUCUAAGAGAUUAAGACGCUUCCCGGGUCCUCCUUCUCCUUGGGCAUCAUCGCUCUCCUCCCAUUACCCCCGGAGCCACACGAAUGGAAUAUUUCGCUAAGCUCGACUGUUCUCUCCUUCAGCGAUCCCUCUCAAUCCAAUCAUAACCGCUGUUACCGGUCUGAUAGUUGGUUUCCGCUUUCUUCUCCCCUCGACUUCCUCUCUCAGCUGCCGUGUCGUUGUGCUCUCUCUGUGUCUUCGAUUUCUUUGAAGUGAAUUGGACUCUCGGUUUCUACUUGUGCUUCUCUGUUGUGGAAUGAACCCGAUUCUGAGUUUCCAUUAAAACGCAGCUCUAUCUCGUCAUCUAGACCCCGUUUCUGGAAUCAAAAUCCCAGCUUUAUCUGUUUAGUUGAAUCAAAAUCUCAACUUUGUCUGCCGUAAUCUCUCCUCCGUCCGUGAAUCCUCUUCCAAGUUGCUGUUUCUUUUGUUCUUUAUUAUUUGCUUUCAUUCCAGAUUCCACUGAAACCCAGUUCAAUUUCGCGGGUUAGAUCCCUCCCUUGAUAUCAAAAUUCAAACUUAAUUUGUUUGAUUGGAUCAAAAUAUCAGCUGUCUUGAUGAAUCCGGUCUUAAAUCCAGUGAAAGAGGAGUAUCCGGGAACGGUGUCUGGUUCUGAUGAUAGUAUAUUGGCUCCUCCGAGGCCUAUGGAGGGGCUGCAUGACACGGGACCGCCGCCGUUUCUCACCAAGACAUACGACAUGGUUGAUGAUCCAAGUACCGAUCGGGUGGUCUCGUGGAGCCGGGGGAACAAUAGCUUCGUGGUCUGGGAUCCCCACACCUUCGCAACAUCUCUGCUUCCGAGAUACUUCAAGCACAACAACUUCUCCAGCUUUGUCAGGCAGCUGAACACAUAUGGCUUCAGAAAGGUGGAUCCAGAUAAAUGGGAAUUUGCUAAUGAGGGAUUCCUCAGAGGCCAGAAGCAUCUCCUUAAGACCAUAAAAAGGAGAAAGCCACCUUCUCAUCCUCCAUCACAACAGCAAACUCUUGGUCAAUAUCUCGAGGUUGGACGGUUUGGAUUGGAAGGAGAAAUCAACAGGUUAAAGCGUGAUAAGCAAUUGUUAAUGGCAGAAGUGGUAAAGCUAAGGCAGGUGCAGCAGAACACCAAAGCACACCUUAAAGCCAUGGAAGAGAGGAUACAAGGGACAGAACAGAAACAGCAACAGAUGAUGGCAUUCUUAGCUCGAGUUAUCCAGAACCCCAACUACCUACAGCAAUUGGUCAAUGAGAAUGAGAGGCAAAAGGAGCUUGAGGAAGCCAUAUCUAAGAAAAGAAGGAGACCAAUAGAUAGAGCACCUGAGAAUGAUGACGUCGGAACGAGUGGGAAUCAGAAACUUGAGAUGCCAAUGAAGAUUGAAGUCCUAGAAUCAUUGCAAGACCUUAACCAGGAUGAUGUCUCAGAUUUGGAGAGUAUGGCAAAGGAGAUUCAGGGAGUGGUGAGAAGCAGCAUGGAGAGCUCAGAACACUUAGAGCAACAAGAAGACAAGUCAGAUGGGGAGCUGAAUGAUGAUUUUUGGGAGGAGUUGCUAAAUGAAGGGCUUGGUGAUGAGAAAGUUAGAUCUGAUAUUGAGGCACAAAACAAUGAGGAUGUGAAUGGCUUGGCUGAGAAAUUGGGUUUUCUGAAUUCAAGUAGUCCAAGAUAGAUAGUGUGACCUAUAAAGAUUAGGAUGCUCAGCCUGUCACUGGCUCAAGUUGCAUUUGAUUCAAUUGAGCCUCAUUGCUUAUUCAUAUGCGAUGAUAUAAUCUCCAUUGUGGUGACAUGGCUUACAUGAAACUAAUGUUGAUUUUUCGGACUGGACAAUUUCUAUAAUUGGUAGAAUAGGCCAAAACAGGAGGAAACCGAAGGCAUCAUAUUCUAUCUCAGUAUGAGGGACUGCAAAGCCCUAUGCCCUGCCUACUACUUGAUUUCUAUCUCAGUAUGAGGUUUCAAUGGAAGGAUUGGUAGCAGGCAUCUGACAGUGAUGCAGUCUAAAAUUAGGGGCUAUGAUCUGGCAAUUACCCUGUAAAUGCUUGGCUGUAGUUUAAGUUGGUAGUAUUGUAAAGAAUGAUCGCUAAUAUACAAUAUUAAUCACUUCUAUUUUUUGUAGUACAAAUUUAUCAGUAUAGUAUUAUAUAAUCACAUAUUUCUUGUGUUUCUCCUCUAGACAAUUUUAUUUGUAAAGAAAGAAAAGCUUGUAUAGAGAUGAUACUAGUUCAGUGUAUUCUUUGAUUC